AUGGCGGCAGCAAACGCCCCAAUCACGAUGAAGGAGGUCCUAACGCUGCCUAGCGUUGGGAUCAAUCAGCAGUUCAUCACGUUUACAAAUGUUACUAUGGAAUCUGAUAAGUACAUAUGUGUACGAGAGACGGCGCCUCAGAACAGCGUUGUGAUUAUUGAUAUGAAUAUGCCUAUGCAGCCUCUAAGGAGGCCUAUAACUGCAGAUUCUGCUCUUAUGAACCCCAACUCGAGGAUCCUUGCCUUGAAAGCUCAAGUUCCAGGAACUACUCAGGAUCACCUACAGAUAUUUAACAUUGAAGCAAAAGCAAAGUUGAAAUCACAUCAGAUGCCUGAGCAGGUUGCUUUUUGGAAAUGGAUUACACCAAAGAUGUUGGGGUUGGUCACACAAGCUUCCGUGUAUCAUUGGUCGAUUGAAGGUGAUUCUGAGCCAGUUAAGAUGUUUGAUAGAACGGCCAAUUUGGCAAACAAUCAAAUUAUUAACUACAAGUGCUCUCCUAAUGAGAAGUGGUUGGUGUUGAUUGGAAUUGCUCCUGGCUCCCCUGAGAGACCACAAUUGGUGAAAGGAAAUAUGCAGCUUUUCUCUGUGGAUCAACAGCGGAGCCAGGCUCUCGAAGCACAUGCUGCUUCAUUUGCCCAGUUUAAGGUCCCUGGGAAUGAGAAUCCUUCUAUUCUUAUAUCCUUUGCAAGCAAGAGCUUCAAUGCUGGACAGAUAACAUCAAAAUUGCAUGUCAUUGAGCUUGGUGCCCAACCAGGAAAACCAUCAUUUACAAAGAAGCAGGCCGAUCUCUUUUUCCCCCCAGAUUUUGCCGAUGAUUUUCCUGUAGCCAUGCAGGUCUCUCACAAGUUUAACUUGAUAUAUGUCAUCACCAAGCUUGGCUUGUUGUUUGUAUACGAUUUAGAGACGGCUUCUGCUAUCUACAGAAAUAGGAUAAGUCCAGACCCAAUUUUCUUAACUUCUGAAGCUUCCUCACUUGGGGGUUUUUAUGCCAUUAAUAGGCGAGGACAAGUUCUUUUGGCUACAGUAAACGAGGCUACGAUAAUACCUUUCAUUAGCGGUCAAUUGAACAAUUUGGAACUUGCUGUCAAUCUGGCUAAAAGAGGAAACCUCCCUGGUGCAGAAAACCUGGUUGUCCAACGAUUCCAAGAGUUAUUUGCUCAAACAAAGUACAAGGAGGCUGCUGAGCUUGCUGCUGAAUCUCCUCAGGGGAUUCUACGGACACCUGAUACAGUGGCCAAAUUCCAGAGUGUUCCGGUACAAGCUGGGCAAACUCCUCCAUUGCUACAGUAUUUUGGGACCCUUUUGACUAGAGGGAAACUCAAUUCAUAUGAGUCUUUGGAACUGUCUCGGCUUGUUGUGAAUCAAAACAAGAAGAACCUCUUGGAAAACUGGUUGGCUGAGGAUAAGUUAGAAUGCAGUGAAGAACUUGGAGACCUCGUCAAGGUUGGGUACACACCUGAUUACAUGUUUCUUCUGCAAACCAUACUCCGUACUGAUCCUCAGGGAGCAGUAAAUUUUGCUUUAAUGAUGUCCCAAAUGGAAGGGGGCUGUCCAGUUGACUACAACACCAUCACCGAUCUUUUCCUACAGAGGAAUCUGAUCCGUGAAGCAACUGCUUUCCUUCUCGAUGUUCUGAAGCCAAAUUUACCUGAGCAUGCUUUUCUGCAAACUAAGGUUCUGGAGAUCAAUUUGGUAACUUUUCCAAAUGUGGCUGAUGCAAUUUUAGCAAAUGGGAUGUUCAGCCACUAUGACCGGCCUCGUGUUGCUCAGCUUUGUGAAAAGGCUGGACUUUAUAUCCAAUCUUUAAAGAAUGUUUUCCCUCUGUGCUAUAGUGAGGAUCCCGAGAUUCACUUCAAGUAUAUUGAAGCAGCUGCAAAGACUGGUCAAAUAAAGGAGGUUGAGCGUGUGACUAGAGAGUCUAACUUUUAUGAUGCUGAAAAGACUAAGAACUUUUUGAUGGAAGCUAAGCUUCCUGAUGCCCGACCUUUGAUAAAUGUCUGCGACCGUUUCGGCUUUGUGCCUGAUCUUACUCAUUACCUGUACACUAACAACAUGCUUCGUUACAUUGAAGGUUACGUUCAGAAGGUGAAUCCUGGGAAUGCCCCCUUAGUUGUGGGGCAGUUGCUUGAUGACGAAUGCCCUGAAGAUUUUAUAAAAGGCCUCAUUCUCUCUGUUCGUUCAUUGCUUCCUGUUGAACCCCUGGUUGAUGAAUGUGAGAAGAGAAAUCGACUCCGUCUCCUCACUCAGUUCUUGGAGCAUCUAGUUAGUGAGGGAAGCCAAGAUGUGCAUGUCCAUAAUGCCUUGGCUGUUAAAGCAUUCAUGACUGCUGAUCUGCCGCAUGAGCUUAUCGAGCUUCUUGAAAAGAUUGUGCUUCAAAAUUCUGCCUUCAGUGGAAACUUCAAUCUGCAAAAUCUGUUAAUAUUGACAGCUAUCAAGGCGGAUCCGUCUAGAGUUAUGGAUUACAUUAACAGGCUGGAUAAUUUUGAUGGUCCGGCUGUUGGAGAAGUGGCGGUUGAUGCUCAAUUGUAUGAGGAAGCAUUUGCGAUUUUCAAGAAGUUUAACCUAAAUGUCCAGGCGGUCAACGUAUUGUUGGACCACGUCAGAAGCAUUGAGCGUGCUGUUGAGUUUGCUUUCCGUGUCGAAGAAGAUGCUGUUUGGACCCAAGUCGCCAAGGCUCAACUCAGGGAUGGACUAGUCAGUGAUGCAAUUGAGUCCUUUAUUCGUGCUGAGGAUGCCACUCAUUUCUUGGAGGUCAUACGGGCUACUGAAGAUGCUAAUGUCUAUGAUGACUUGGUCAGAUACCUUCUGAUGGUUAGACAGAAGGUCAAGGAGCCCAAGGUUGAUAGUGAGCUCAUCUAUGCAUAUGCAAAGAUCGAUCGGUUAGGUGAGAUUGAAGAAUUUAUUCUGAUGCCAAACGUUGCUAACCUACCAAAUGUGGGCGAUCGCCUGUAUGACGAAGCUUUGUAUGAGGCUGCAAAAAUAAUUUAUGCGUUCACAUCGAACUGGGCCAAGUUAGCCGUCACACUCGUGAAGUUGCAGCAGUUCCAAAGUGCUGUUGAUGCCGCAAGGAAAGCCAACAGUGCAAAGACAUGGAAGGAAGUUUGCUUUGCUUGUGUUGAUGCUGAAGAAUUCCGGCUGGCACAAAUAUGUGGACUUAACGUUAUCAUCCAGGUGGAUGACUUGGAAGAAGUCAGCGAGUACUACCAAAACAGAGGAUGCUUCAGUGAAUUAAUCUCACUGAUGGAGAGUGGACUUGGUCUGGAACGGGCUCACAUGGGGAUCUUCACCGAGUUGGGUGUACUGUACGCCAGAUAUCGUUAUGAGAAGCUUAUGGAACACAUAAAGUUGUUCUCGACUCGCCUCAAUAUUCCCAAGCUUAUACGGGCCUGUGAUGAGCAGCAGCAUUGGCAGGAACUUACCUAUCUUUACAUUCAAUAUGAUGAGUUUGAUAACGCUGCAACCACUGUCAUGAACCAUUCUCCUGAAGCAUGGGAGCACAUGCAAUUUAAAGACAUUGUCGCCAAGGUUGCGAAUGUGGAGCUGUACUACAAGGCCGUUCACUUCUACUUGCAAGAGCACCCUGAUAUAAUCAACGAUCUUCUCAAUGUGCUCGCUCUGCGGUUAGACCACACACGUGUCGUUGAUAUUAUGCGCAAGGCUGGUCAGUUGCGCCUUAUUAAGCCGUACAUGGUUGCAGUUCAGAGCAACAAUGUUUCUGCUGUAAAUGAAGCUCUGAAUGAGAUAUACGUAGAAGAAGAAGACUAUGACAGGUUGCGCGAGUCUACUGAUUUGCAUGACAGCUUUGACCAGAUUGGCCUCGCUCAGAAGAUUGAGAAACACGAGCUCGUGGAAAUGAGACGUGUGGCUGCUUAUAUCUACAAGAAAGCCGGCAGAUGGAAGCAAUCAAUUGCUUUGUCGAAGAAAGAUAACAUGUACAAGGACUGUAUGGAAACUGCUUCACAAUCCGGCGACCAUGACCUUGCAGAACAACUUCUGGUUUACUUCAUUGAACAGGGGAAAAAGGAAUGCUUUGCCACAUGUCUAUUUGUGUGUUAUGACCUAAUCCGACCAGAUGUUGCUCUAGAGCUUGCUUGGAUCAACAACAUGAUUGACUUUGCCUUCCCGUAUCUCCUCCAGUUUAUCCGAGAAUACUCUGGCAAAGUGGAUGAACUAAUCAAGGACAAGCUAGAAGCACAAAAGGAAGUGAAGGCCAAAGAGCAGGAAGAGAAGGAUGUUAUGUCCCAACAGAACAUGUACGCUCAAUUAUUGCCACUGGCUCUACCUGCACCACCGAUGCCAGGAAUGGGAGGAGGUCCAAGUAUGGGAGGCGGUUAUGGUCCGCCACCACCGAUGGGUGGAAUGCCGGGGAUGCCUCCGAUGCCACCAUAUGGAAUGCCACCGAUGGGCGGCUACUAAGACUGUUGGAAACGAAGUAAUAGUUGCGUAAUCUCUACCACUCGGAGUGUUUCUUUCUUUGUUUGAUUCUAAUAGAUAUUGAAGAAAUUGACACGAAGCCAUGAAUAGAGCAGUGAGUCAGUGACAAAUGCUAUUCAUCAAUCACUCUUGGCAGAGCCUCGAAACUUCAAGGGCGUUGGAAAAGUUUGAAACGAAUGGUGUCAAAAGUUUUGGCUAUCUUUACAUUUUAGUUUCGGAGACUGGAAUCGUGUUCUCAACAAUUUGCCUUACAUGAAUACAUUUUGAUUUGCUAAGAUUAGUCAAGUCAAGAUAAGAAGCUUGAGGGAGGAUUGAGAUACUGGUUUGGGACAAGGCAAAGCUAAGGCAGUAUAGGGCUUAAAAUUCUAUCGGUUCAUUUUUUGAAUCUUUUUUUUUUUUUUGUAUAUAACUAAUAGAGAAGUAGAGAAGGAAGCACUGAGUGUAAUAAGGUUUUUUUGAAUUAAUU